CUCCUCCCUCGUCCGGCCCACAGGGCGGGGUCUGUCGGCUCGCCCUCCCCUCGCCGCCUAAGCCUUCCCUCUGCCAACUGGGUCUCCUCCCCGCGGCAACACGGCUUCUCUUCCUCAGCUCGGCGACAGGGGCUUCCCCUCAGCCGCCGCCGCCGCCGCCCCCGUCGCAGCCGCCGCCGGCCGAGCCACGCCGUGCCCGCGGCCCGCGGCCGCCAUGCAGUUUAUGUUGCUUUUUAGUCGUCAGGGAAAGCUUCGACUGCAGAAAUGGUAUGUCCCACUGUCAGACAAAGAAAAGAAAAAGAUCACAAGAGAACUUGUUCAAACCGUUUUAGCACGGAAACCGAAAAUGUGCAGCUUUCUUGAGUGGCGAGAUCUGAAGAUUGUUUACAAAAGAUAUGCUAGUCUGUAUUUUUGCUGUGCUAUCGAGGAUCAGGACAAUGAGCUAAUUACCCUGGAAAUAAUUCAUCGUUAUGUGGAAUUACUUGACAAGUAUUUUGGCAGUGUGUGUGAACUUGAUAUCAUCUUUAAUUUUGAGAAGGCUUAUUUUAUUUUGGAUGAGUUUCUUUUGGGAGGGGAAGUUCAGGAAACAUCCAAGAAAAAUGUCCUUAAAGCAAUUGAACAGGCUGAUCUACUGCAGGAGAAAACAGAGAAUAUGUAUCACAGCAAGAGUUUCAUUGGGUGUAAGAGAGCGUACUAGAAUACGUGCUGGAGUUCUGACACGCAUCAAAAUCCACGUCAUGAAUAUUUUAAUGUCCCUGUGUACUAAAUGACUACUCAUCGUGUAUGCAGAAUUGCACAGAGGAAAUAGCUGAUAUACUUAUGAAAGAAAAUGCCCUCAGCUUGGUGACUGAUUAUCUUGUAUAAUCAUUUCAGAAUCAAUACCUUCACCGUUGUAAUUUUUUUUUUCCUGUCGUCAUUUCUCUGUUUGAUUUUCAUUCUAUAUAUGAUCUUGAUAUAGUUUAUUCCUGCUCUCAACUGGUUUAAUUUCUUCUUGAAAUAUGGCCUAUGAAUGUUUUGAGUAGUAUUUCACCUUAAACACGUCCAUGAUUCAUCUUGUAAGAGGAAACGUUAGCAAUCGUUCAAGUUUUUACCAAAGAGCAUAUAGCAGAAGUGCUACAGCAGAAUAAACAGUGCCGUAACAUACAGUGUGACUUGGUCUUCAGAUGUUGGGGGAGAAAAGAAAUUCUAUUUAGUGUGACUGUAUUACAGCUCUCUGUGAGCUAAUGUAUUCUGACGUAUCACAUAAAAGUAUAUUUGGAAAUAAUUCAAGAAAGUAAAAUCUGUACUAUUACAUAAUAUUUAAGGGUGAAACAUUCACAGUUCUUAAGUUUGUAAUGCCAUGUAUAUUGGAUCACAUUUGUGCCACACAAUAUUGAACGGUCCCUUUAAGAAUGAUCAGAAAACUGUGUUAGAAGUCUCUUCUACAGUAUCUGUUGUUUAAUAGGAAAUAACCUUUUCAAAAUGUUAAUACUGAGUUUGUUUAUAUAGUUAAAAUCCUAAUACAGUUUAAAUACUAGUAUUUUACUAGUGAUGGUUUUAUAAUAUAUUAAGUCUUCAUUUAAAUACUUAAUGAUUUGUUAACUAUAGUUUUAUAUUCUAAAUAUUAAGACUUAAUAUUGAUUAUGGUGUAUAGUUUUAAAACGUGCAACUUAUUAUAAAAGGAAAAGUAUCCAAUAAUUCAUUGCUUAUAUGUAGAGAGUUUAAAGCCUGAUUAAGUAAGCUAUCAUUAAACCAAUUCAAAAGAUGCUCAAACAGGUUUUCCACUGAAAGACGACCUAUGAAAGUGUCUAUUAGGCAGGUAUGCAGACCAGUUCUUUCCAUUCUCACUGUACUGCAUGACAUUUGAAGCACCUGGAUGGGCUAUCAAAUGAGAAACUUAGCAUUAUACCUUGAAAGCAUUGGGAGACACUGGUCUUUCAUUUCCAUUUUUGUCCUCUGCCCCUCCCCCAACCCUGCAAUAUGUUAUUCAUCUGGUUUUAAUGCUGAAUAUGCAUUGUCUCAUGCCUGUUUGCUUUGGAUGCUGUGUGCUGAGCUGUAACAAGAUGUUGCUUCUUUUGUUAUUUGUAUACAGCUGCUUGCUUUAAAUUAGUAGAUUCUGAAAUCGCUUUUCUUGCACGUCUAAAAUAAAAGUAUUGCAUGUACUUUGUCUCAUGUGAAUGACUUUUUUCUUCUGCAUCCCUUUUGACAAAUAUAUUUUACACUUUAGUUUUUCCAGGUAAUUUUAUUAAACAUAUUUAAAAAACAUAAAAAUGGUUACGCUGGCAAAUUCUGUUCAAUGUACAGUUCAGGACUGUUAAGUAUAUUCACGUUGUGCAGGUGAUGUCCAGAAAUUUUUCAUCCUGUCAUACUGAAACUGUAGCCAUUAAACAACUCCCCAUCCCUCCCCUCAGCCCUUGGUAACCACCAUUCUACUUUGUUUCUAUGAAUUUGAUUACUUUAGAGAAUAGUUUUUCUAGGUAAUUUUGAGCUACAAUUUCAGUGUGAACAUGGCAAAAUUACAUUUUAUAUUAUGAACACAAUUUGUAAAAAAAAAAAAAAACAAAACUAAUGUACAAAUAGUACAAGUCUCAAGGAAUCAAAUAUGUAACUGAUUGCUUUUAAGUAGGCCUUUUGGAAAGGACAUAUAUUUUAAAUAAUGCAUAUGGGACACGUAACAUGGUUCUCUUCAGGAAAUGCCAUAGAGGAUUACAGGCAGUAAGGACAUAGGGGAAGUCUGACCAGCUCCGGGGAAUAGAAUGGGAGUCAUUCUUACAUGGAUAAGUGAAGAAUGUUACCUGCAUGGAGUUCAAUGUAGCAUCUUUUAAUAAAUGCAUUAAAGGCUAUAUGGUGUUUUUAAAGACAAUUUAACAUUACAGUUGACCUUUGAACAACGAGUGGGUUAGGAGCGCCAACCCUCCCAGGCAAUUGAAAAUUCACAUACACCUUUUGACUCCCCCAAAAACUUAACAGCCAACUGUGGACUGGAAGCCUUACCGACAACCUCAACAUUCAGUUAACACCUCGUCUGUAUAUGUAUUAUAUACCAUAUUCUUACAGUACAGUAAGGUAGAGAAAAAAUGUUCAGAAAAUCCUAAGGAAAAUAGAGUUACUAUAUGGUAAAAAAGUCCGCAAGUAAAUGGACUGGUUACAGUUCAAGGCCUAAAGGGAAACGAUUGUUUUUAAAUUGUUUCCUUUAUUUAAGAUAUAUGUGAUUCAGAUGUCAGUACAGUAUAUGUAAUGUCUGAGGCUAAACAUGAGAAGUGAAAGAGACUGGCUUACAUGAUUCUUGGGACUGUUGCGUCUUUCCAUUAGACUUUCUUUAAACUGUAGCGUGAAAACUCUGAGACCUGCAAAUAAAAGAGAACCUUUGUGUGCACAUCACUCAGCUUCAGCAACCACCAGCUCAGUACUCCUAGUACUAUGCUUGUUUCGUCAUCCAUUUCCCCCACCCCCAUUUUUGCCUCAGUAUUUUAGAGCAAGCCCUAGACCUCUUAUUUCAUCUUUAAUCCUUCGAUAUGUAUCACCAGGAGAAAGAAGUACCACAGUCCUCCCCCCGCCCCCAAAUUUGACAGUAAUUCCUAAUACUUGUUCCUGGUUCAAUUUCUCCUAAUUGUUGAAAAUGCAUUUCUAUACUUGGUUAGAACCAGAUUUCCAACAAGGCUCACGUGGUAUCUGGUUGAUGUCUUUUAAGUCUUUUCAUCUUUAACAACUCGUCUGCUUUUUUUCCUUGCCAUUUUUUUUAAACUGAGUCACCUAUGUUGUAGAAUGUCCUCCAGCGGGUUGUAAUCUUGUGGCGCUGUUUAACUUGUUUGCUUAUCCACCAUAUAUAUUUUGAUGUGUAGCCUGGUUAAGCUGAGGUUUCGUUGGGGGGAGGGGUGGCGAGGGCAAGAAUACUUCAGAAUUUUUUUCUUUAACCAAAGCUGAUUUCUUACCCAUUUUUCAUUAGUAAACACACCUACUAAAAGGUUACCAUAAAAACUUUAUAUGCAGAGUUGAUUUAUAGUACUUUAUUUAGUACUAAAUGCUAAAUACCUUCAGUUAGGUCUCAGUUGUGUAAUGUUAUCAGUUGACAUUUUUUUGAGCACUUUCUAGAAGUCGGGCACUAAGCCUUCUCUCCCUCAAAUCUCUAUAUGAAGGUAAGUACUAUCCAAAUAUGGAAACAGACUAGCGUUUAAUUUACUUAAGAUUAUUCCAUGUGCUGCUUUACAUGCAAUUAAAUCUAACGUGUGGAUUUGUGGUUUAAUAUUGUUCUUUUCCUUGUUUUGUGCUGUACCAUAAUUAGGAUGCAAAAGUAAGUUAAUUUGUUAUUGGAUACUAAAAAUUACAUUUUCUCCAUUAAAUUCUAGUAUGCCUUUUAACUACAGAAUUAUUGCAAGUAACCCCUGAAUCUGACCUGGUCCUAUUUUGUGAUGUGCAAAAUCAGCCACUUUGGAAUAUUAAUUUUUUUCUAGAUAUGCCUGCUUUGUCUUGUCUUCCUUUGACAUUUAAAAAUGAAUAUUGUUACAUAGGACAAAAAUGCCUUUGUCCCCAGGUAUUCUUUCUGUGUUGCCUCACCAAAGCCAUUGGUUGCCUUGGAGAGGUCUGGGAAGGUGAGUUUCUGAAGCCAUGCUGCUGGGGACAGUUAAGUUAAAAACUGAGUAAAAACUCAGAGUAAGACAUUUCUAUGAAUACACAUGACCAAAAAAAAAAAAAAAAAAAAAAAAAGGCCAUGGGAAACACCAUUAUGUGAAGAUUCAGAAGAACUUGGGGUUUUCCCUGCUUUUUAUUUAGGGGAGGUUUUGAAUUUUAACACAAAGAUAACUUACUUUUCCUGCAGCUAAUUCAGUAGCAAUGAUUUCCUAAAUUGCCAGCAGGCUUGACUGCUUUUUGUGUUAUAGCGAUGGUACCCAGCACAUUGGUAGGUUAAUUAGUGAGUAUUUAAUGCAUGCUGAAAAUACCCUUCUGUGGUCUUUUGGGGUCCACAACCCUGAAUAACCGCCUGCUCUCGGUUUUAGACUGUGCCCAAACCAAUGAACUGCUUGCAUUGUUCUCUGAAACUUGCACAUCCCUCCGUGUCAAUUUCACACUCUCAAGCUUCCCCGGAUCUGCUUACCAGAGUCUCACAUUUUCCCUCCACAGGAAGCUGAAACCCCACGUAGUGUUCUUGAAGAAAUUGGACUGACAUAACUCACCUCCCUUGUUGAUGACUUCUUGUGACAUUUCACACACUGUAGAUGGUCACUGCCUUCAUGUCCAUGUUAGCUAAUGGUAUAAGAUGACGUCUUGUCAGUAUUACUGUUUUGCUAAGCUGCUUCAUUCAGGCCUACACACACAAAAAAAUUUUUUAAAGGGAACUUUGGUUAAUCAAGUGAUAACUUAAGGGACUUAAACGUGAGUUAGAAUGAUGCAGAAAAAGAAAGGUACCUUUUCUGGAUAUUUUAGUUUUUAAAUCUGUUUCUCUCAAUCUGAUUAUGUAUCUAUGAGAAUGACACAAUUAGGCAAUCUACAUUCAUUAAUUACGGUCUUUGGCAAAGGAAACUGUUAAAAAUUAUAUGAAACCAAAGACUAGUGUGGGACAUUUCAGUAUAUCUGAGGAUAAAGGGAAUUGAUACAUAUCAAAUGAAUUAAAAUUUAACUGUUUAUGUUGAAACUUUAAAAAAGAGAACCAAAUUUAUACCAAAGACCCUCAUUGGAAACUACAUACUUAAAGGGAAUACACAAAUGACUAAAUUGAAAUGGUGUGUUUUACACUAAAAAAUCUUUCCCUGGCAUUCCAGACCUGGGACGAGGAACAGAGAGCGACUAAUAGUGAGCACGUUAUUUUUAACGUUAUUUUUAAGGCCAAGGAACAUUCAACUCCUGAGACAGAUUUUUUUGUGGUCAUAACCAUGUAGUGACUUAGAUGGUUUUUGAUGCCCCCAAAUAAAAAAGGAAACAUAGACGUAACCUGGAUUUCUUCAUAACAGUAUCUUACAGAAAACAUGUUUCUUCUCUUCACAGAGUGUUGCUUAAGUCAUUGUUUAAAGCACGAAUAUUCCUUCCGGGGUGCUUGUUAGAGCCAAAUUUAUUUAGCUUCCCUCCACUUACAAGUGCUGCAAACGUUAGGGCAGCUUCAUUCCCUUCCAUGGCACUGCCUAGUUAUCAGAAAUCUUCUAAAAGCAGACACCACCUUUCAUAUAAAAGUGAGAGUCGAAUGAGGUAAAAUGGCAUUAGUGGGCCCUAUAUUUUUUAAAGCUGUACAAUUGUUUCAAUGUCACUUUUAUACAUACUUCUGUGUAUGUAAACAUGUCUUCAUGGU